UGAACAUAUUUAAUCAAUCGUGAUCAACGGUCAAUCCAAACAGCGCUUGCAUCAUAGAAAAACAUUUCUUUAGUACGAUUCAUCAUGAGUGGCCGUUCACUAUUAGUUAUUAAGAUUUGCACUCUUGUCAUUGCUUGUUCCAUUGCUGAAUCCCUACCCGGUUCUAAAAAUGGUGCCGGAGCUGCAGCAGCUAGUAAUGCUAGCCCAGAAGGUUUUACUGCAGCACUCGCCGCCGGCUUAAGCACUCACAACGGUGGAGUUAAACAGCGUAAUGGUGGAUUUGGAAAACCGAACCACGCAGUUCCUGUCGUCGCUGAAGUAGGAUCUUUUAUUUCUGGUACUUAUGGAGAAGGAGAAGGAGCUGCAAAAAUUUCUGGAUCAAGCGAUAGCGGAUUUGGUCUCGGUGGCACUGGAGCAGAAAAACUCAACGCUAAUGUUGUCGAGGCACGAACUGGGCAAGGAAGCGGAAGCAGUGUUGGAAAAUAAGCUGCGGAUCGUUUAAAAAUCUAUCUUUUCAUUAUUUAAUCUUGCUAUUAUUUGCAAUCAUUUAAAUUAUGGCGUACCGCAAUAAAUGUUUAACCUAGCUGGUA